CUGUUAGCAGUUCGUGUAGCCAGCAGCUAGAAAGCUGCAGUUUCCCCCACCCUCUUUCUCUCUCCUUGAAAGUUGGUAAUAAGAUACACUCCUCUUUCCAAAGUUCACACCAGAGCACAGAAGAGAACUGUUUAACUUGGAAGAAUAAUACACUAGGCUUUUGGGUUCUGCAAAGAGAUUCUUUCUUUGUCUCCUGCUUUCAAGUAGGCUUUACCCACAAACCCUAAAAUGACAGUCAUUUCUGCCAUUAGUGGGGCUCUCUUAAUUACCAUUCUCUGUGAAACAAGUGCAGUAGUGUUGCCCAAUUCCACUGACCUAUUCCUGUCAACUAAUAAUUACACUGACAUUGAAGCAGCUUUGAAAACUCAUCUGGAUUCUGCAAGCCUCCCCAAAGCCAGGAAAAAGCGAUAUAUCUCCCAGAAUGAUAUGAUUGCCAUUUUGGAUUAUCACAAUCAAGUCAGAGGCAAAGUCUUCCCACCUGCAUCCAACAUGGAAUAUAUGGUAUGGGAUGAUAAUCUAGCUAAGUCUGCAGAAGCUUGGGCUGCUACCUGCAUUUGGGACCAUGGCCCUUCUUACUUGUUGAGAUUUCUGGGACAAAAUUUAUCUGUAUGGACUGGAAGAUAUCGAUCCAUUCUCCAGCUGGUGCAGCCCUGGUAUGAUGAAGUGAAAGAUUAUGCCUUUCCAUAUCCUCAGGACUGCAAUCCAAGAUGUCCGAUGAGAUGCUAUGGGCCCAUGUGUACACAUUAUACCCAGAUGGUUUGGGCCACUUCCAACAGAAUAGGCUGUGCAAUCCAUACAUGCCAUAAUAUGAAUGUCUGGGGGGCAGUAUGGAGCCGAGCUAUUUAUUUGGUAUGCGACUAUGCCCCAAAGGGAAACUGGAUAGGAGAAGCACCAUAUAAAGUUGGGGUGCCAUGUUCUGCUUGCCCACCCAGUUAUGGAGGAUCAUGCACUAACAAUCUUUGCUUUCCUGGAGUGACCUCAAACUACUUAUAUUGGUUUAAAUAAAUGGUACAACUGUUCUAAUGAAA